UCUUGGAUAGAGCGACAAGAUGAAAUCCGAGGGAUUUAAUAAAUUGAUUUCUCCAAGAGACUGGCAAGCAGAUGUCGAGUCCAAGUAGACACUCGAGAAGUUGCUCAGACCAAGUUUCAAUCCCAAACGCCGGCCCGACAUUUAUCCGACUACCCUAGUCCGAUUACCCGCGAAAGAUCUUUGCAGCAACACCAGCGCGGCCAUCAACACCAUCAUCACCAAGGGGCCCUGCUUCACGUCACGCCCCAUCAUGCCCGCCAGGCUCCAAAUCCUUCCUCUGCAGUUGCAGAGGACUCUCGUCCGACCUACCCCGAUCAGCCCUUCGCCAUUCUCCUUCCUUCUCCCGCAAUUACAGCAGCAGCAGCAGCAGCAAAGCACCCGCAACGCUCACAUUUUAGCCUCGCUCUCCGAUACCCCAGGGGCAUACAAUAAGCGGAUCAGGAGAGGUCGUGGACCUGCUUCAGGCAAGGGCAAGACUUCCGGAAGAGGUCAUAAGGGUCAGAAGCAGCAUGGCAAGGUUCCUGCGGGAUUUAAUGGUGGACAGACACCCGAGAUUAUUGUUCAUGGAGAGAGGGGAUUUAAUAAUGUCUUCUCCAUCGACCUCGCCCCGGCCAACCUCGACCGAAUCCAAGAAUGGAUUGACCAAGGCCGCAUCGACCCAACCCGCCCCAUCACAGUCCGCGAACUCGCUCAAUCCCGCUGCAUCCACCAGACCAAGGAAGGCGUGAAACUGCUCGCCCGUGGCGGCGGCGGCGGCGGCGGCGGCGGCGGCUCUAGCCUCAAACAACCCAUCCACAUCGUUGUCUCGCGUGCGUCUGCCAGUGCGAUCGCGGCCGUCGAAGCCGCCGGCGGCUCCGUGACGACUCGGUUCUACACCAAGUCUGCCAUUGCGCGGAUCAUGAAGCGCGAGAUGCACCCGUUUGUGUCCAUGGCUUGGGCUACGGAGAGUGGCAGCGAGGCCCUGCAGCAGGCGAUUCUGGGGGCGGCACAGGACGGAGUGGACAUUGUUGCUGAUUCUGCUGCUGAUUCUGCUGCUGCUGCUGCUGCCCCUGUAGCUUCUCUCGAAGGAACGGCUUUGACCGAGGCGAAAGUCAUGCAGGAGAUGGGCUUCAAGUAUAGACUUCCUGAUCCCACCAAGCGUAGGGAUAUCGAGUAUUAUCGUGAUCCUGCGCAUAGGGGGUACUUGAGUCAUUUGCUGAAGCCGAUGGAGGGCCCCAGUUUGUUCUUCCGCUCGCCCGUGGAGAGGAAGUCGGCGGCUGGUGUCAAGAAGGAGAAGGUGCUGCCGGAGAACAGACUUUGGUAGGUGCAGGUGCAGGUGUAGGUGUGGGCUGUAUUUGUGUAUUCCAUAUGUGCGAGUUUUACUUUUCUUAUGAUAACUACGUGUAUAAAUAGUGUUAGGUUACAUAUUCAUUCUUGUAUUUUCAUCUCAGACCUCUCUGGUACGUACAUUUGUAUCUGUUUAUUUUUAUUUUUUUUUUCUAUAGAAACCGUUCGUGCCAGAUGACGUUGCUAUAGAGCUACCUAGACAGGAGCGUAGAGUAAUUUCAUUUGAUACCGUCAACUCUAGAAAGCGACAACCAGAUACAAAGCUUUUCAGGAUACAAUUUAGACAUAAAAAAUUGAUAUGGGC